CACACUUCAUGGAUUCACAAGGAGCCUUUCUCUCUCAUUCCCUCUUUUCUCUCUAGUACUAAAUCAUUCCAUUUUUUUUUCUCUCAGCUUUUUUUUUCCUUUCUAAAUCAGUUUGUAAGAAGAGAAAACGAAAAAUGGUGAAAACGGCUUCAUCACCAUCUUCGUCUCCGGUGACGAUCACGGUGUCGUCGGGAGGAAAAGGAGGAAGCCGAAGCAUGGGCUUAACUAGCCCGAUAUCGCGAGCGUCGAUAUCUAACAACCCAAAUUCCCCUCUCAGCGGCAGAGCAGUAAACCGGAGAUUCUCAACCGGAGGAAGUAAGUACUGCUCGAUGUCGAAAGACGAUUCGACGAUGACCGAAGAGAUUGUCAACUCCGAAUUCGUCAGUUACACGGUUCAUAUCCCUCCAACUCCCGAUCACCAGCCAAUGUCUGCCUCACAGACCAGCCUAACUGAAGACCUCAACAAGUCGACGAUCAAGCCGGAGAGGAGCUACAUUUCGAGCACUGUCUUCACCGGUGGGUUCAAUGCGGUGACUCGCGGGCACGUCAUCGAGUGCUCGAUGGAGCGACAGCCGCCGGCGAAAGUGGGGCUGGUUUGCGGGAUGAAAGGUUGUGAUGAGAAAGCCAUCAAAGGGAAGAACAUUCCUUGUGAAUGUGGGUUCAAGAUUUGCAGAGAUUGUUACUUGGAUUGUUUCGGGAGCGGCGGCGGGCGGUGUCCCGGGUGUAAGGAGCCUUACAAGGACACGAGCGAUGGCGAUGACGACUAUGACGAGGCUUGUUCUGAGGCGGAGGACCAGGCCUUUCCUUUGCCUUCGAUGGCUGAUGGUAAGCUCGAUAAGAGGCUUUCACUUGUGAAAUCGUUUAAGGCCGGGAACCAGCCGCCGGAUUUCGACCACACCCGGUGGCUUUUCGAGACAAAGGGGACUUACGGGUAUGGAAAUGCGGUGUGGCCUAAAGACGGGUAUGGCGCUGGAUUGAACGGAUUCGAACACCCGCCGGAUUUUGGAGAGAGGACUAGAAGGCCUUUGACCAGGAAGGUUGUGGUAUCUACAGCAAUUCUGAGUCCUUAUAGGUUAUUAGUUGCUAUGCGUCUGGUUGCCCUGGGAUUUUUCCUCACAUGGAGAAUCCGACAUCCGAACCGCGAGGCAAUGUGGCUAUGGGGAAUGUCGACGACAUGUGAGCUCUGGUUUGCCUUCUCAUGGCUUCUGGAUCAGCUCCCUAAGCUCUGUCCCGUGAACCGAGUCACCGAUCUCUCCGUCCUGAAAGAUCGGUUUGAGUCCCCGAACCUUCGGAACCCCAAAGGAAGGUCCGAUCUUCCUGGGAUCGAUGUCUUCGUCUCCACCGCUGACCCCGAAAAAGAACCCCCUUUAGUCACUGCUAACACAAUCCUCUCCAUACUCGCCGUCGAUUACCCAGUGGAAAAGCUCGCUUGCUAUUUAUCCGACGACGGCGGGGCACUAUUGACAUUCGAGGCUCUUGCCGAGACGGCAAGCUUUGCAAGAAUCUGGGUUCCUUUUUGCCGGAAGCACAAGAUUGAGCCGAGGAACCCAGAGGCCUAUUUCGGGCAGAAGCGGGAUUUUCUGAAGAACAAAGUGAGGCUUGAUUUUGUGAGGGAAAGGAGAUGGGUGAAGAGGGAAUAUGAUGAGUUCAAGGUUAGGAUAAACUCAUUGCCGGAAUCCAUAAGGAGAAGAUCAGAUGCAUACAAUGCACAUGAAGAGCUAAGAGCUAAGAAGAAACAAAUGGAAAUGGGUGGUGGUAAUCCUUCUUCGGAGCCUCUUAGGGUUUCAAAGGCUACUUGGAUGUCUGAUGGCUCUCAUUGGCCCGGCACUUGGGCUUCAGCUGAAGCUGAUCACUCAAGAGGUGACCAUGCUGGUAUAAUUCAGGCCAUGUUAGCUCCACCAAAUUCAGAACCAGUGUAUGGAGCAGAAGCAGAUGGGGAGAACUUGAUAGACACAACAGAAGUGGACACCAGAUUGCCAAUGCUGGUUUAUGUGUCUAGAGAGAAGAGGCCUGGCUUUGAUCACAACAAGAAAGCUGGAGCCAUGAAUGCCCUUGUCCGAACCAGUGCAAUCAUGUCAAAUGGCCCUUUCAUCCUCAACCUCGACUGCGAUCACUACAUCUACAAUUCCUUGGCUCUCAGGGAAGGAAUGUGCUUCAUGCUUGACAGAGGAGGUGACAGAAUCUGCUACGUCCAGUUCCCGCAGAGGUUCGAGGGCAUUGACCCGAAUGAUCGAUAUGCAAAUCACAACACUGUAUUUUUCGAUGUCAGUAUGAGAGCUCUUGAUGGUUUGCAAGGUCCGGUUUAUGUAGGGACAGGUUGUAUUUUCAGGAGAACUGCUCUUUAUGGAUUUAGUCCUCCUAGAGCAACUGAACACCAUGGAUGGUUGGGUAGGAGGAAAAUCAAGCUGUUUCUGAGGAAGCCAAAGGUGACAAAGAAGGAAGAGGAUGAAGUGGUUUUGCCUAUUAAUAGAGAUCAUGAAAAUCACCAUAACGAUGUUGAUGAUGAUGAUGAUGGAGAUAUCGAGUCCUUACUUCUUCCGAAAAGGUUUGGAAACUCCACUUCUCUAGUUGCGUCCAUUCCUGUGGCGGAAUACCAAGGCAGAUUGCUUCAAGACCUUCAAGGAAGAGGCUGCAGCAGCCAAGGAAGGCCUGCAGGGUCUCUCUCGGUCCCUCGCGAACCGUUGGAUGCAGCCACUGUUGCGGAGGCCAUCAGCGUCAUCUCUUGCUUCUACGAGGACAAAACCGAGUGGGGCAAAAGGGUUGGCUGGAUUUACGGCUCUGUAACGGAAGAUGUGGUCACCGGUUACCGAAUGCACAACCGGGGUUGGAGAUCGAUCUACUGUGUGACAAAGCGUGACGCCUUUCGUGGAACUGCGCCUAUCAAUCUAACCGACAGGCUGCACCAAGUGCUCCGCUGGGCGACAGGCUCGGUUGAGAUAUUCUUCUCAAGGAAUAACGCAUUGUUCGCCAGCCGAAGAAUGAAGUUCUUGCAAAGAGUGGCUUAUUUCAAUGUUGGAAUGUACCCUUUCACGUCCUUGUUCCUCAUAGUCUACUGCUUCCUUCCUGCGGUUUCUUUGUUCUCAGGGCAGUUCAUAGUCCAAUCUCUUGACAUAGCUUUCCUAGUCUUCCUGUUGGCCAUCACCAUCACAUUGUGCCUGCUAGCAAUCCUUGAGAUCAAGUGGUCAGGAAUCACUCUCCACGACUGGUGGCGCAACGAGCAGUUUUGGCUGAUUGGCGGGACAAGCGCUCACCCUUCGGCCGUGCUGCAAGGCCUAUUGAAGGUCAUUGCAGGAGUGGACAUUUCCUUCACUUUGACCUCGAAAUCGGCCACUCCAGAGGACGGGGACGAUGAGUUUGCGGAGCUCUACACGGUGAAGUGGAGCUUCCUGAUGGUCCCUCCGGUGGUGAUCAUAAUGGUGAACACAAUUGCGAUCGCGGUGGGAGUUGCAAGGACGGUGUACAGCCCGUUUCCGCAGUGGAGUAAGCUUGUUGGAGGAGUGUUUUUCGGCUUCUGGGUGUUGUGCCAUCUCUAUCCAUUUGCAAAAGGGUUGAUGGGGAGGAGAGGAAGGGUUCCGACCAUUGUGUUUGUGUGGUCUGGGCUGCUCUCCAUUAUUAUUUCUCUGCUUUGGGUCUACAUUAGUCCUCCUCCUGGAAAGCAGGACUACAUGAAGUUCCAAUUCCCUUGAUGGAUUUUAUAUAUAUAGAUGAUUGUAUUGUACGUUUUUGGUGUCUCUCCAUGGCAGAUCUAUUGUUUCAACAAAAUGAAGUUUCUCAACUUCGUUAUAGUUGGUUGAAGGAAAUAUGUUGUACUUCUUAGCUUAUUAUAUUCUUUAUGUUCAAAUGU